AUGCAUAUGAACAAAGUUGGAACAUUAGCCUCUCUUCUUCAGUUCGCGUUCCAAUAUCCAUCGUUAUCCCUCGCAACGGACGACACGCCGGAAGCGAAGCUAAAACCAUGUACCAUUUAUUCGCCCAACACGGGCGCCUACUUUGAUCUGAAGACCAUAUCGCUGUUGCCACCAGAAAUGAAAGAUGGCAAAAAGAUUCGACCUGAUGACAGGGAAACCAGCUGGCACUCAAGGGGUUACGAUUACGGAGCCAAUUUUACAAUUAACAUUUGCGGACCGGUAAUCGAGAACCUGGAGGAUGUGGUUGGGGUAGACAAAGAGAGGUGGCAGAAUGUGAGCGCAUUUUACAAUAUGGACGGGAAAACGUAUUCAAUUGGGCAGCAAUCGUCCGACUUAGUUUUCCGCGGCCGCAAACUCGUUCUCAACUACACCGAUGGUUCCCCAUGCCCAACAUCAGGUGAAACCCGUCGAAAACGGGAUCUCGUACCUCGAGAUGAUCGGGAUCAUGACCAAGACGAUGGCAAGAAUGAUAAUAAAGGCGGCGAUAAAGACGAAGAUCGAGAUUCUGAUACAAAAUAUCGCAGAAGAAAAUCUACUUUAAUGUCGUUCCUUUGCGAUCGUGACCUCGUAACUCCAGCAGCAACUGUAUCGUAUGUUGGCACGCUCGACUCAUGCUCCUAUUACUUCGAGGUGAGAACCGCUGCGGCUUGUGGUGGGGUGGCUGCAAGUACAGAUGGCGGGCUGAGUCCUGCAGGUGUGUUUGGUGUCAUAGUCGGCAUCGCCGUGGCAGUGUAUCUCAUCGGUGGUUGUGCAUAUCAGCGAACGGUCAUGCAUCAAAGGGGUUGGAGACAAUGCCCCAAUUAUGCCAUGUGGAGUGGGAUGGUUGACUUUCUAAAAGACAUGGUGAUUAUCGGAUUUUCUUCCGUUCUAAACUGUUUCAAGUCCCGAGGAGGAUAUGCACGAUUAUCUCUAGGACAAAGCAACGGGGAUUCCCCACGCCGUGGACUUGUCGGUGCCAUCGGUGGGAGGGGGCCCAGGAAUUGGAACGUCGGCCGCGGGGGUAGGCCUAAUGUUGAUGAGGAGAAUAGGCUUAUCGAUCAAUUAGAUGAAGAGUGGGACGAUUGAUUUCUUUCUUGCUUUGUAUAACCCAUAUCACCAUCCUCUUUUUCAGCCUUAGGAGUUUAGGCUUCUAUGAGAUGAAACUUUUGCCGU